AUGCAAUGGUUAAAAUACCCCCCUGAAUACAGUAGGUUAGGCUUAAAGCGAAACAUGUUGAAAAUACCAGUGGGCUCCCAAUAUUUCACUACCUGUGGAAAGAACUUCUUUUUGAGUAAUGGCCUACGGAAACCAUUAGUGUCGUCAUUAUUUGGGCCAAAGAUGAUGCUGGGCAAGCUGAACCAGUUGAAACUACUGAAAGCAAACUUUACAUCAAAGCGGCUUUUCUCCAAGGGAAGUCCGUUUAAAUCGAGAUGGAGAGAUGCUUUCAGAGGAGCAGAUUCUAGAAGCCGAUACAACAGUUUGAAUCGCUUCCAGCAAUACCAAUAUAAUGAUGGGAAUACAAUAGGGAAGCUGACUUUUGUUGGGCUUUCCAUGAUGACUGGAAUCUUUAUACUGUCUCCAUAUGUAUUCCACUAUAUUCCACCUUUCACGCAUUUCGAGCGAAAUCCAACCCAUCUUGUGUAUGCGAUAUUAGGGAUAAAUGCAGGUGUAUUUUGUUUGUGGAAAUUGCCAAGAUCUUGGAGAUAUUUACAAAGAUAUAUGCUUCUCGAGAAGGACCGCAUGUAUAGUAAAUGGGCAUUGAUUGGAAGUGCAUUUUCUCAUCAAGAAUUGUGGCAUUUAGGUAUGAAUAUGUUGGCUUUGUGGUCUUUUGGGACAUCCCUGGCUACCAUGCUAGGAGCCUCAAACUUCUUUUCCUUAUACAUGAACAGCGCAAUUGCAGGCUCCCUGUUUUCAGUGUGGUAUCCGAGAAUUGCGCGUAUUGCAAUGAUGAGCCCUAGCUUAGGUGCAAGUGGUGCGUUAUUCGGCGUUUUUGGAUGUUUUUCAUACUUGCUCCCACAUGCCAAGAUAUUGCUAUUCGUGUUUCCUAUACCAGGAGGAGCAUGGGUAGCAUUCUUAGGAGCUGCAGCAUGGAAUGCAGCUGGUUGUGUGUUCAGAUGGGGGUCAUUUGACUAUGCUGCUCAUCUAGGGGGCUCUCUAAUGGGUGUUCUGUAUGGCUACAUUAUCAGUGAACUUGCAAAGAAACAAAGAGAGAAGAGGUUGCAAUCUUUAACAAGAUGGUUUUGA